GAGGCGCACUGGACCCUGGCAUCGAUCUGCUCGACGCGCUAAGUUUUCACACAAAUAUGUCCCAAUACCAGGGAGUUACCGUCACACAGGAAUACCAACAUCAAAGGGUAUUCCAUUUGUCAGGUGGCGAUCGAAAUCUCGUUGUUCCGACAUCGGUUUUUCGCCGGGCCGUGGACCAGAUGAAGCGGACCCCGGAAUUCACGUUCGCCGUGGUCCUGAAGCAGGAACAAGCUAACUCUGGGACCAUCGUUUCCUUCUCGAACGGAAACAAUAGGUAUUUAGAAUUACAAUCAAGUGGAAGACGUGACGAAAUACGUUUUCAUUACACACACACAACAGCAGCGGGCGAGUCGGAGGUGCACAUCGAGUCCUUUCCGUAUCGCCUGGCGGACGACACCGAGCACAAGGUGGCGCUGACUGUGAGCGGCGCCGAGCUGCAGCUGUACAUCGACUGCCAUCCACUGUAUAAACGAAUGACACAUUUUUUACCAGAUAGAAAUUUUAGUGCUUCCAAUAUGCAAUUGUUCGUCGGACAAAGAAACUCAAAUAGUCAUUUUUUAUUUAAGGGUGAUUUAAAAGAUUUACGUAUUAUCACCGGCCCGUACGGUUAUUUAUCACAAUGUGAACUAAUGGAUGCACAAUGCCCAACCUGUGGGCAGUUUAUAGAGUUAGAGAAUGCUUUAGUAGAAUUAAAACAAACCUUGUCGCUGUUAACAAAAAGGCUAGUGGCUGCAGAGAAUCGUGUCUCAUAUAUAGAGGAAUGUGAUUGUAAAAAAUCAUGCCUAAUCAAUGGUACAAGUAAAAACGAUGGUGAUAUAUGGGAUAUAGGUUGUAGUCAGUGUAAAUGUGAGCGUGGCGUCGUCACCUGUGGUCAUAGACCAUGUCCAGCGGUGAACUGUAAACAUCCAGUAUUAGAGGAGGGUGAAUGUUGUCAUAAGUGUUUAAAAAAUUGUUACAUUAAUAAGAAAGACUACGAACACGGCGAGAUGCAGAUCCUAAGCUGUAGAAAGUGCACCUGCAUCGAUGGCAGUAUGAUGUGUGAUAUGCUGAAGUGUCCGGAGCUGACCUGUCCCCCGGAGCAGCAGGUCUCGGUCACGGACGAGUGCUGUAAAUAUUGUCAAGAUACUCCACAUAGGCGAAAAGUACACCGACGGAAACCGCACCAGAACCACAAACGUCAACACCACAAAAACAAACAACAGCGCGCUCAUAAAAAGAAAAACGAAGUGGUUGAGCCACCUCCAGACAUCAAUGAGUGUGAUCAGCAAGGUGGUCUCAAUGGCAACCAUUGUCAUCUGAACACGCGCUGUGUCAACACGUUCGGGUCGUACGUGUGCGAGUGUCUGCCCGGGUACCAGCGGCAGGACAAGUUCAACUGCGUCGAGCUGGACGAGUGCAAGUCCGGGGAGCACAGCUGCCACCAGCAGGCGGACUGCAUCAACACGGCCGGAUCGUACCACUGUCGCUGCAAGGCGGGAUACGCCGGCGACGGAUACGACUGCAAGCCUGUUUGCAAUCAAACUUGUCUCAACGGGGGAGAAUGCCGGGCACCGGGUGUCUGUACCUGCCGCGCUGGGUACGUGGGAGAAUCCUGUGAAAAGGAUUUGGACGAGUGCGCUACCGGAGUGCAUCGAUGUAAGGAGACAACGGACUGUGUUAACAUGCCAGGAUGGUACUUCUGCAGAUGCAAGCCUGGAUUCGAGACCAAAGGAAAGGAUUGUGUAGAUAUAGAUGAGUGCUAUCUCAAAACGCACAGCUGUCAUCCGACGGCCAAGUGCGUCAAUACGCAGGGUCACUUCGAAUGCGUUUGCCCGGGCGCGACUACGGGCAACGGAGAAGAUGACUCUGGCAAUCACGGCAGCAGCAGUAGCAGCGGGCUGCUACCCCUGUCGUUAUCGUCGCCCGUCUGUAGGUUAAGUUGUAUGUUCGAGGACAGUGAAAUUCCUGACGGUGGACAGAUUUCACCCCGGAAUCAACCCUGCAAGGUGUGUACUUGCUCCCGGGGGGUCAUCAGUUGCGUCGAACCACCGUGCAAUUGCUCGGCCUGGAGGCGAGGAAGCUCCCGGGACCUGUGCUGUCCCCAGUGUGAUCCCAAAGAAUCCUGCCAACAUCAGGAGCUGAAGCACGUGACGUUCCGAAGCGGAGAGCAGUGGAUUUACCAGUGUCAGACGUGCGAGUGUCUGUACGGUGAAUUCGACUGCUGGAAGCUCGAGUGUCCCCCACUGACCUGUGAUAACCCGCAGCCGCCCAGGCCCGGCGAUUGCUGCCCGCGCUGCCCGGACGAUAUGUGCGGCCUGGACAACACAACCGUAGUCGGAGUCGAUGGCAGCAGCGGCAACCCGAACGGAAUCACAGGUGGCAGCGCCUGUCUGCACAAUCACCACAUCUACGCCUCUGGACAGACGUUUAAGUACGCGUCCAGAGAGUGCGCCACCUGUUCCUGCAAGGUCCCCUACUGUGCCCAACUGGUGAGCAAUUCCGCGUGUUGUGUGCAUCGUUCCAGAUUAUGGUUCUUCAGUUGAUGCAGUUGUUGUUUCGGUUUUCUAGCAGUGGGCUUCUUUCUUUAUGAGUUGAAUGUUUUUUUAGUACCAUAAUUGGAUCUGGACAUAGAAUCUAGAUUUUUUUUAAAUUUCUUCCAUUGGAUAAAUCCAAUGGCUUUAUUUUAGUUUUAUUAAGAUUUCGGUUUUUUUUUUUUUGAAUCAUCAACAUCAUCUUUGUCACAUCUAUCUUCCUCUAUUCUUUUCAUCACAAGUUUUUCGCCUUCACUACAAUUUGUGUGUGUUUAAAAAUUCUCACUGAACUGCAAAAAAACAUAUAAAAUGUUUGGUAUUUUUUGAAUAUUCUGAUCACUUUCCUUCAAUUUUAAGCACAUUUGAACUUUUUCGAAUUUCCGUCAAUAGUCAUUCAGUCCUGAAAAAACAGGGGCACUGUGUAAGAUAACUGUCAACAUUCUACACAUUUUACUUUCUUUCGUUGUUUAGAUAUAUUUUUUUUACCUUUAAAACUUUUUUUUUAAAUUCCCUUGAUUUCAAUAUGAUUACGUUAACAAUAAUUUCAACAAAAUCAUCGACAAAAUUUCCCACGAUUUUAAAGUUUUGCACCUGCACCAAAUGCGCACUUUGUUAACGUUUGAACAAGUUUUGAUAAUUUUAUAGAUUGAUUCAUUUUCCACUGUUAACAGCAUGUUCCAAAGUAUUGAAAUCUCUCGCCAGCAGGAGACAAAAAUCAGUAUUUUCAGUCAUUUUCAAAAUAAGUGAUCUUAUGAAAAAAAAAAGCAGCUUCAACCUAUCCAAAUUCAAAAUUUUAACAACCCACAAUAAUUGUAAACAUUUCACACAUGCACACAGAUUGAACAUAAUUCACUUCAACUUCACUCCCCACCGCAAGACAACCACAAAAAAAAAUCACCAAUCCACAUCCGGAAUAUGAUUCAACUCAAGUUUUGUUCCUUUAUGAUUUCCUUGUUUCAACCUGUGAUUUGAAGUUUUUAUGUUGAAAAAUAAAUUGUUUUUUUUUACCAGCGCCGGUUUCUUUCGAAGUACUCUAGAAGCUUUUUUUGUAGCACUCGUAGCAAUCCCACUUUUAUAAUUUCCCAAAAGCAUGCUUGUAAAUAUUUGUUCACUUGUUUAGCACUAAAGUUUCGAAACGUUUGAUACUUGUUGCAUAAAACUAAUUUAAAUUAACAAUUCAUUCAGAAAAGAACAUUUUCAAAAAAGACAAAGACGCUCUUGAAAGAAGAAUGCGAGAGAUUUCAUUGCCAUUUUAAGUGUUCUUAAAUAGCUAUACGAAGAAAAAAAUCACAUUGAUUGCACCGACCUUCUCUCUGCAUAUUUUUCGAAUCACUUUUGCAAAUCUUUUUCCACUAGAUCACUUCCCAGCUUAGCGAGUGAUCAAACUGUAUAAGAGGACAACACAAGUACAAAACAUUCACACAUACACACACACACUCCCGGAUACUUAUGAAUAUAAAUAGACUUGUAGCUAUGAAGGAUACACAACAUUGAUUGAGUGGUUUAAAUUUGUUUUAUGUAGAAAUAUGAAAAUCGGUUGAAAGGUCUACAAAUGAGCUGUUUGUUGAAUGGAGUGAAUGUUGAAAAUACAGAACGCAAAACAGAAAUUCGAAACCAUACUUCCAAAUAAUCUAAGUUUUUAAAACCAUUCCUAGUGACUUACAAAGUUUGAAAAAGGCUGAGUGAGAUUUUAAGAACCAAUUAUGAAACUCUCGGUUGCUUCGGAAUCUUUUCGUAAAUGGUCAAUGCGCAUCGAAUGAAAUAACUGCCUCAGACACAACCAUUGCUAUUUGGUCGCUAUCCGGUGUAUUUUUAAGGCCAAACGUCAUUCUAACAUGUUGAGUCGAAGUCAUGAAGUAAUAAGUUAUUACUAAUAACUGGAUUAGAACGCUUAUUUUUAUAGCGAACUUAUUUAGAAGUUAUUUUAUGUGGAAUAUCGAAUUUGAAAUGUCGAUUCAAUGGUCGAUUAUCGAAUGUCGACUAUCGAAUAUAUAUUAUUGAAUAAGAAAAUAUAACAUUGACAGUCAAAUAUCGAAUGUCGAUUGUCAAAUGUCGAUUGUCGAGUUUGAAUGUCGAUUGUCGAAUAUGAAUUUCGAAAGUCUCAUAUCGAAUAUCAGAUGGCGAAUGUCGACUGUCUAAUGUCGAGUAUCGAAUGUCGUGUGUCGAAUGUUCCAUGUUUGAUGUGCAAUAUCGAAUGUCGAAUAUCAAGUAUCAAAAUGCGAUAUGUGAAGUAAAAAUUUGCAUCUGUAUCUAGGUUUGAAAUGGUAAAUUAGCCUUCUUUCAUCGAUUCAUCUUCAAACAGCUCAUUCGUAGCCUAUGACUAGAACUAGUUUUCUCUCAACCGGUGAAAACCCCUGAAAUAACAUAGUGUACAUAAAUCUCAAAAACAUAUUUUUAAUUUUUCCACUUUCUUCUCUUCGCAUAUUUUUGUGUUCUCAAAACUACACCAAAUUCACCAAACCACCCCCAAUCGAAAUAAAUAUUUGCCGCCUGCACGGAUAAAAAAAAACCAUACGCACACACAACACUCAACAAAUAAAUCCAAUUCGUAUCGAUCCCAAUGGUCAACGCUUAUUCGAUAAACACGAUCCUUCCCCUCAAAACAAACGCCGUGCGGCACCGUGCGUUCCAUCGACGAUGAUCAACGAUCAACAGGACGGCAAAAUCAGCUGCCGUUACGACGAUAAUUGUAUUGAUGACCAACUACGAAAGAUCAAAGAACCUGCUGCGGACGAUCGCACUCCAGGUGGCACUACUGGUGCUGCUGAUAUUUCAACAGCGACGUCACCGCAAGCAUCG